AUGGGUCUUAUGCUGAGGCCGCCUCCGGGCACCCCCGGAUCGGCGGCUCCUGCUAUUAUGGUAGGAUUGUUCGUCGCCUUUGGUGGCGUCCUGUUCGGCUAUGAUACCGGCACUAUCGGCGGUAUCUUGGGCAUGUCAUAUUGGCGAAACGAGUUUUCUACCGGCUACAUCAAUCCCAAGGACCAGGCGAAAGACGUCACUUCCAGCCAGACGUCGGAAAUUGUGUCUAUACUUUCCGUCGGAACCUUCUUUGGAGCCUUAACCGCUGCUCCUGUAGCCGAUAUGAUUGGACGCCGUCUUGGUCUCGUGGCUUCCAAUGUCGUUUUCUGCUUCGGCGUCAUUCUGCAGACGGCUGCCACUGCCAUUCCCAUGUUCGUCGCCGGAAGGUUUUUUGCUGGCUUUGGUGUGGGCAUGAUCUCCAUGACCAUCCCCCUUUACCAAUCCGAAACGAGUCCCAAGUGGAUCCGUGGCGCCGUCGUUGGUGCCUAUCAGCUCGCGAUUACGAUCGGUCUUCUGCUCGCUGCCAUUGUCGACAAUGCCACUAAGCACCGCAACGAUACUGGCUCCUACCGCAUUCCGAUUGCCGUCCAGUUUGCAUGGGCCAUUGUCCUGUUUCUUGGAUGCAUUGUCCUGCCCGAAACACCCCGCUACUACGUCAAGAAGGGCCACCCCGAGAAGGCUGCGAGAUCGCUCUCCAAGCUGAGGAGGCUUGACGCUGAGCAUCCCGCUCUACUGGAGGAACUCGCUGAAAUCACUGCCAAUCACGAGUACGAGCUUUCUAUCGGUAAGGCCACAUACAUCGAUUGCUUUAAGGGCACCCUCGGGAAACGCUUGGCCACCGGCUGUCUUCUGCAAAGUCUUCAGCAGCUCACUGGUGUCAACUUCAUCUUCUACUAUGGCACUUCGUUCUUCCAGAAUGCUGGUUUCACCAACCCGUUCGUCAUCUCCAUGAUUACGUCGUCGAUCAACGUAGUGUCGACAUUCCCCGGUCUGUACCUUGUGGAGAAAUGGGGCCGCCGUAAGCUUCUCCUCUUCGGUGCUAUCGGUAUGGCCCUGUGCCAGUUCAUCGUAGCCAUCACUGGCACAGUCGUCGGGACGGGCAACCCAUCAGCGCAAAAGUCUAUGAUUGCUUUUGUGUGCAUCUACAUCUUCUUCUUCGCUUCUACCUGGGGUCCGGUUGCCUGGGUCGUCACUGGUGAGCUAUUCCCGCUUAAGGUGCGAGCCAAGUCGCUCUCCAUGACCACCGCGUCAAACUGGCUUCUUAACUGGGCCAUUGGAUAUGCUACACCCUACAUGGUCAACACGGGCCCCGGCAACGCGAACCUCGGGGCUAAGGUCUUCUUCGUCUGGGGCGGCUGUUGCUUCAUCUGCAUCUUCUUUGUAUGGACCAUGAUUUACGAGACAAAGGGGCUUGCUCUCGAGCAGGUCGAUGAGCUGUAUGCCAAGAUCGGCAAAGCCUGGCAAUCACCCGGCUUUGUGCCCACCGUCUCCUUCCAGGAGGUGCAGGAGACGCGCGCGGAUGUUAGGCGUUUGAGCUUGGCUGAAGUGGAGAAUGAGGCGACAAGAAAGAAGAGCGUCGUGUAUAACGAGGGAGAGGGACCAAUGGGCGAGAAGUACCACGCGUAG